AUGAACUCAAGUAAUAAACAAGAGACGAAAGUAGAAAAGUCAGCAAAGAAAUUUACCAGGCAUUUUCACGUAGGGUUCUAUGAAAAGUAUAAAUGGUUAACCGGCUGCAGUCUUUGGAAUAAGACUCAAAACAUUGGCUUAGAACCUGAAAGAAAGAGAAUUAGAAUUAAUAAUGUCGGCGACAGAGAGACCUCCUAUCGUCGAUUAUACGCCGAAAUUUUUGAUAAUAUUUUACAACAAAUGAACUGUCGAUUUCAAAACUUUAACGAAUUAAAAUAUGUUGAAUUGUGCAAUUUUAAUAUUAGUAACUACGAUUUAUCAAAAUGUUCAUCAGAAGCUUUUAAUUCACUAAAAUUAAAUUAUGGAAAUUUUUUCGAUAUUCCAGCAUUAAAGUCCCAGUUAAGUGUUGUUUAUGAAACACCUGAAAUUAGUGAUAAAAAGACGCCCAUCAAUGUGUUAAAUUUUCUUAUAACAACUGGUUUAAAUAAGUCCCUUUGUGAAGUCGUUAAGUUGUGUGAAUUAGUACUAACCAACCCAGCCACAAGUACGUCAGUUGAGCGAAGUUUUUCAGCUUUAAAGCGCAUUAAAAGUUUUAUACGAAAUUCAACAAGUGAAGACAGACUCUCUAAUUUACCGUCAAUAUCCAUUGAAAAAGAGCUUGUUAAACAGUUAUCAGAAAAUCCAAAAUUGUACGAUGUUAUAGACAAAUUUGCAGCCAUUGAGGAUAAGGAAUAG